CACAAAACGAACUGUUGAUUUAAUCGACUACAUUUUUACACCCAUUAUUAUUAUACUGGGACUAAUUGGAAACACUCUGUCGAUACACAUCAUGUUCAAAAAGCGCAAUAGGAAAACUAGCACGUGUAUUUAUAUGGGGAUUUUGGCGAUUGUAGACAAUGGACAGAUGGUGACAGUUCUCACAACCUGGCUAUAUAAUACUAUAAUUAAAGAUAUGCUAACAGAUGACAUUUGCAAAGCCACCAUAUUUUUUACAGGAUAUUUUGCAGAUUUUUCCAUCUAUCUUGUUAUUCUUAUGACAAUCGACAGGAUGCUCGCAAUUACAAUGCCGUUUAAAAAAAGUUGGCGAUCUGUCCCAAAAAUUUGUAUCCUAAUUGGAUGUUUAAUGGUCUUUAUAUUCAUAAGAACCAUCCCGCUUAUAGUAUACGGAUAUGCCUCUCAUGAUAAUGUUUUUAAUCAAACGACCUGUUCAUUGUACACAAAAAACAUUGGCGACUUUGAAAAAAUGUUAUUUCCAGUAUUGGACAUAGUUAUUCAGUCAGUUUUACCUUCUCUUAGUUUGCUUAUUUGCAAUAGUAUAAUCGUCCAUAAACUUCGUAAAAGGAAACAGCAAAUUUCCUCUCUUGGAAUCGUCAAUAGCAACAGCCAGAACGCUAUCUUCAUGUCUUGGCAGAAAUCUGUUACCGUCAUGCUACUAUUGAUAUCAUUUGCAUCUCUGAUUCUGACGUUACCAAUGAACAUCGGGAUGAUCAUGAUACCGAUUAUCGACGAAGGAACAAUCCAUCCAGAUUAUAUUGUCCUCUUCGAAAUACUUUGGAGACUAUUCUUUUUAAAUAACGCAGUGAAUUUUUAUCUCUGUUUGAUUGGUGGGACACGCUUUAAGAGAGAAGUGAAGAAACUGUUCCAAGAUUCAAGUUUGUUUAGGUUAUUUAAACAUUCCACAGGAAGUUCUGAUUCCAAUAAUGUCAUUACUAUUCAGAUAUAAGACUCUGAUGGUGUAUAUAAAGGUACAGGGUGUCCAUUUUUGAAUUGUAAUUAUACAUAUCAUGAUAUAGGGAGAAAAUCAAUAAACUCAAGGGCUGUGUUACACCGGGUUGGCCUAGUGGUUAAGGCAUUGGUCUGAAAAGCAGGAAGUCUGGCUUCAGGCUGAAAAGUAGAGGUCUUGGGUUCAAACCCAGGUCACAGCACUUCUUGUGAUUUGUCUUUGACCUAUGACUGCUGACCUAUACUGGCGAUUACUAGAGUGCUGCUAACUCGAUAAAAGGCCGGCGCUGGCUAAAAUUGUGUAUGGUUCUAGUCAGGAUAAAGAUACCAGUUCUUCAACUCGACAAUGGGAAGAACUGCUCUACCUUAGUGACUAAUAUGUCAUGAUAUGACAUCUAAAGAGUCAAUAAAAGAUAUACAUACACUUGCUAACUGUAUAUUGAAUGCUCUUACUAUGCUAGAAUAUUUUCUGUCCCUAUAUCUUGACACUGUUAUAUAU